UCACAGCGUCCACAAUUCCUCCAUUUUUUUAUAGCCAUCGUUGUCUCCUCUCCUUCCUUUUUCUAUAUUUUUCUAUCCCAAAAUCCACUGUUCUCUGACAAAGACUCAAUUCCUUCCGCGGCUUUAUCUGUAGAUCGAGAGCAGGGCAGUUCCAUACGCGGAGAAAAAGACUUAAUAGUCUCAAACCACCACCCACCCACUUCUCCAAAUCAAUUUUCCAAUCUGGGAUUUCAGUUUUCCUCUGUAUCUCUACCUUCCCUUCUCGGUUUUCCUGGCUCCCUCCAUGAGUCCAUUCCCAAGAGAGCUUUAAAUGCUCUGUUUCUGACACUGCUUCUUGGGUUUUGCUUUGUUUUAUUUUUCUUUUCUGGGAUUGUUGGUGGGUGUUUCUGAAACAUGUGGGUUUUUAUUCUUUGCCUCCUCAACAAAAGCAUCUCUCAAUCUUUUUCCCUUUUUUAAAUCUUCGGGAAUGAGAUGGGUCUGUGAAACCGAGCGGUGCAUGUCUUCCUGUACUCCACUGUUUCGCGAUUUUUGUAGUUGGUUUGCUUCAAAUGAGUGACGAACACAAGGGUUUUGGCUUGGUUAUUGAGUAGAUGCUAAUUCAGCUAUUGAUUUGAGGGGAAAAAUGGGAUCUGGGAAUGGGUUCUACGAGUCGGAGGAGUUCAAUUUAGAUGCCAAGUGGUUGGUCGAUCCUAAGCUACUGUUCGUUGGACCGAGAAUUGGAGAAGGUGCUCAUGCCAAAGUGUAUGAAGGAAAGUAUAAGAACCAGAAUGUUGCUAUUAAAAUUGUUCACAGAGGAGAAACACCAGAGGAGAUUGCCAAGAGAGAAGGCCGGUUUGCAAGAGAGGUUGCAAUGCUGUCUAGAGUUCAACACAAAAAUUUAGUGAAGUUCAUUGGCGCUUGCAAGGAACCUGUCAUGGUAAUAGUUACUGAGCUUCUAUUAGGCGGGACAUUACGAAAAUACCUGCUGAACCUGCGGCCAAGGUGCUUGGAUACAAAGGUGGCAGUUGGUUUUGCACUGGACAUUGCUCGAGCAAUGGAAUGCUUACAUUCUCAUGGGAUCAUACAUCGUGACCUGAAACCUGAAAACUUGAUCCUGACUGCAGAUCACAAAACUGUCAAACUUGCGGAUUUUGGCUUAGCCAGAGAGGAGUCAUUAACAGAGAUGAUGACUGCCGAAACUGGAACGUAUCGUUGGAUGGCUCCAGAGCUUUAUAGCACAGUAACAUUGAGGCAUGGAGAGAAGAAGCAUUACAAUCACAAGGUGGAUGCCUACAGCUUUGCUAUUGUACUGUGGGAACUCGUUCAUAAUAAGUUGCCAUUUGAAGGCAUGUCAAAUCUGCAGGCAGCCUAUGCAGCUGCUUUUAAGAAUAUGAGGCCUAGUGCGGAGGACCUCCCAGAGGACUUGGCUUUAAUUGUCACUUCAUGUUGGAAAGAGGACCCAAAUACUCGGCCUAACUUCAGCCAAAUAAUACAGAUGCUCCUACAUUAUCUCUCCACUAUUUCACCGCCGGAGCCCAUGGUCCCACCGAGGGUUUUCACUUCUGAGAAUGCUGUCUUGCCACCAGAGUCUCCGGGUACAAGUUCGUUGAUGGCGGUAAGAGAUGGCUCAGGAGAAACCCCAACAACCAGUAUGGAGACCAACCCAAGAGGGUGCUUCUCCUGCUUUAACCACUGCUACUGAUCCCCCGAGGAGCAAGGUCUCUUCUUUGGAGGUAUCCAAGUUACCGUUAGGGAAAAGCACAAUGAACUACAUAGCCUCAAAUAUUACAAAACUACAUCUUGAUAAAGAAACUGUUAAUUUGUUCUGAUAUGCGAGUUCAGUUGCCAUAGGAAGCUGCCUUGUAAUCUGAUGGUACUGCUGAAUUUGCACACUCUCUUACAUGGACUUCAAUCUUCAGACAGGCCCAACAUGCUUUUUAGGGUUUUGGAGUUGGGGUUGCUGUGAUGUAUUAUCAUUUGUAAAAUAAAGUUCAUCCAAAUGCCUUUUCUCCAAGUUCAUGUAAGAAUCUCCAUCCACUGAUUGACAUUCAGAUCCUCCUAUUCACAUUAAGCCUUCUGAAUGUGACACACAACAUUUGAUUGA